AUGGCUACCCAGUGGAAUUCUACAGAGCGUCCUGGCAGCGGGAACGAAUUCACUGAUGCAGUGAGAGAGUUUUUCUCUUCAUCUUUCUUGCCGUCAUGUGUCAAUGCUACUUCGUUGGUACUGAUAACUAAAAGGCGGGGAGCAGACGAUUUAAAGGACUUCAGGCCCAUUUCGUGCUUGAACACAAACUACAAAGUUGUUUCCAGGAUCAUCUCUGAUAGGCUCAAGCAGAUCCUCCCCUCGAUUAUUCUCCCGAACCAGACGGAUUUUAUCAAUGAUAGGCUUCUAAUAGAAAAUGUGCUCCUUGCCUCAGAGGUCCUUCAGGGUUAUCAUUUAUCCACUCUUUCUCCCAGACUCACCCUUAAAGUGGACAUCUCUAAAGCAUUUGAUUCGGUUCGAUGGGAUUUUGUCACCUCAACCCUGUUGUCCUAUGGUGCCCCUGAUCUAUUUGUGGGAUGGAUUAAAAGUUGUAUCUGUUCUCCAAGCUUCUCUAUCAGCAUAAACGGAGUCACUUCAGGGUACUUUAAAGGCAAAACCGGGUUAAGGCAAGGGGACCCCCUCUCCCCAAUUCUCUUUGUGUCGGUGAUGAAUAUCCUCUCUCUUAUGCUAAACAGAGCAGCUCAAGACGGUAUUUUUGGUUAUCACCCUGGCUGUGAAGAACUGGAGCUCACCCAUCUGUGCUUCGCGGACGACUUACUUAUCUUUCUAGACGGGACAGAAGCAUCUCUGGCUGGGGUCUUCACGGUUCUGUCUCAGUUUGAGAAAAUCUCUGGACUUUCUGUCAACAUAACCAAAACCACCAUGUUCUCUUCUGGUGUCUCUGAAGAUGCGCUUACCCAUCAGGGCAAAGAUGAACUCUUGGCUCCAUCGUCAGUUGAGCAUUGCGGGCAGACUGCAGCUAUUAAGCACAGUUAUUUCGGGGUUAAUUGGUUUUUGGACAAGUGCUUUCCUUCUUCCCAAGAAGACAAACCUUCGGGAGCUAAAGUUGCUUGGGCGGAUCUUCUAUACCCAAAGAGAGAAGGUGGGUUAGGGUUGCGGUCUUGGUCCACUUGGAACGACACAUGCGCCCUAAAAUUCAUCUGGAUGAUAUACUUCAGGGCUGGUUCUAUCUGGGUAGCUUGGGUUCGGAGAAAAUACUUUUCCUCUUCCUGCUUCUCGGCUUUGAACGACAAAUCUCCAACAGUCUCUUGGAUGUUCAGAAAACUUCUAAAGCUAAGACACAUAGCUAUAAAGUUCCGCAACAUCAAGUUGGGUACAGGGGAGGAUACUUUCUUCUGGUGGGAUCCUUGGACUCCGUACGGUUCCCUCUUUCACUACUUGGGAAAUGAUGCUCCGCACCAUCUUGGAAUUCCGGUAACCGCCUUGGUGUCGGACUACAAGGAAGGGGCUAUCUGGAACCUCCCUCAAGCGAGAUCAGACUGCUUCCUAGAUGUCUUGAGCUUCAUUACUACCAUCCCCCACUCAAAUGACAACGACUCACCUAGUUGGAUCGUUAAUAGUAAGGUGCAAAAGUCUUAUAACUCCAAGGUAAUGUGGAAUUCUCUCCGUCUUUCCAGACCGCUGGUGCCUUGGUAUUCUAUUGUCUGGCAUAAAGCCGCUGUCCCUAAGCACUCGAUAGCAACUUGGUUGUUUUUGCGCAACCGUAAUCCUACCCUAGAUCGUAUGAUCAAAUGGGGCUUUGAUGUGGAACCACUAUGUCUCCUCUGCGGGAUGGAAAAUGAAACCAGGAACCAUUUGUUCUUUGCUUGUGCUUACUCCUCAGCUAUUUGGACAGAGAUGGUAGGGAAACUAGAGCUCUCUCCUCCUCUGAACUGGGAGCUCAUUGUACACUGGCUCCCUUCAGCCACCUCUUCCUCUGUCACCUCCCUCGCACUUCUUCAAGUGUGGCAAGCCUGUAUCUACGAGAUAUGGAAGGAGCGUAACCGACACUUUCAUGAAGGUACAACCCUACCUCACUCCAUUAUUGUCCGGAAAACCUGCUUGGUCGUCAAAAGCCGAGCUACGGCCCUAAGAAAUCUAGCAACAAAUGGUUCCUGGUCUUCUGGUCUUCGCACUGGAGAAGCGUUGGAGUUAUUCUGGUCUUCGCACUGA